CAAAACAAACACGUUAGCUUAGCGCUAGCGGGAGAAACGGCUAGUGGUUUUUAACAAGAACUAAAGAGAAAUUCGACAAACCCUAAAAUCUUAUACUAUGUUUUUAUUUACGUUUCAUGAAGAAGGAAGUUGCUUUCAGUGUCUUCAGAUGUUUUUGUGUCAUUUCGUUCAGUGGUUCUUGGUGCAGCGCCCCCACAGGCCAGGAGGGGAACAGGUUGUUCAAAGGGUUUGUUAAAGUACCAAACCAAGUCUAACUAAAUUUAGUUGGAAGACUAAAUAUUUAACUUACAAAAUUUAGCUUCAAACUAAAUAUUUAGUUUCAAAAUAUAUUAUUAGCAUUGUAACUAAAUGCUUGGCUAGCUAAAUAUUUAACCUCAAACUUAGUAUUUAAGCAUCAAACUUGAUAACUAAAUAUUUAUCUUGCUCAUUAGAUGUAUAGUUUUAAACUGUGAUGAAUGAAUGAAUAACUUGGUCAAACUGACUUUGAAAAACAAACUAAUUUUUAUUCCUCACAUUAUUGCUCUUACUUUUCAAACUGCGCCCCAUAAAGAGCUGAAACUAUCAUUCUCAUCCAUUUAAACUAAAACAUUUUGAUGUUUUUACAUUUAAACCCUGUUAGUGUGUGUGUGUGAGUGUUUUCAUCCGUUCAUGCUCACGUCGUUAAACGGUUAAUCUCUUUCCGAGGUGACGACUUGUUUUGCUGUUGGCUCCUUCACACGUGAGGCAGAGGCGGAAGCCGCACAGCCUCCCCCUCCUGUCGGCCUUCACAGGCGGCUGAAGGUGACUCCAUCUCGGCUGGGAUGCAGAAGCGGCUGCUGGGGCUCCCAUCGGCCGGACACCAGCUCCUGUUUCCCCGGGAAACCAGCGCUUACAGCCGGGGAAGGGAGGCCCUCCGAGCCGGGCUGUCAUCCGCCUGAGCUGACUCAUUUUGUUGGAUCUUUUUGGAUAUUUUUAUUUUGGGGUGCCUCUCUCUGGGUGGGCUCCGGCGGAGGGGGUGCAUGCAUGUGUUCCGCACCGUACGGGCGGAAAAAGCGCCCAAGAUCCGCAGGGAGCAUCUUCCCCAUCAGCAAGGGGGCGCAGGCGGAUCCGGAGCGGCGGGAGAGCACGGAGGCGGCGGUGGACGACAGCAGGAUGACGGUGCAGGAGUUCAACACGCUGGUGGCUCUGUACCGGGAGCAGGUCAUUUCUGUCGGGGAGAUCUCGGUGGACUGUCCGUCUCUGCGGGCUCAGAUGCACCAAACCCGGUCCAAAGGAUGCUCCAUGGCCCGGGCCGCGCACCAGGACCUGGCCAUCAUCUCUGGAUCAGGGAACCGACUCGGAGCCCAGAGUCGACUUCCGGAUGGACGAGAGCUCGGACGUUCCCAUCCUGGAGGACCGGUCGUCGUCUCCCAUCGAUUACCCUCAGGAGACGUGGCUGGUGGGGACGGAUAUCGACAACAUAGAGAGAGACAUGAAAGAGAUGAGAAACUUACUCAGCAAACUCAGGGAGACGAUGCCGCUGCCGCUGAAAAAUCAAGACGACAGCAGCUUGUUGAACCUGACUCCCCAGCCGCUGGUCCGGCAGAGGAAGAGGCGCUUCCCCGGACUCUGCUGCAUGGUGUCGGGCUGAGGAUCGACAGCAACCUUUACUCCAGCUCCCACUCACAUCUCACUUCAUCUCUUCAAACUAAAAUUGUAAUCUUGGGUUUCCUCAAGAGCUCCAGAAUGUUUAAGCUUGGUGUUUUAUUGGGAAGCGGGUCUUUGAGACGUCAGAUUUGUUCGGUUUCUGACCCUGUAAAUGUCCAGGCUAUGCAGCUGCCUCACUGUGCUUCUCCCAUGGCUCCACAUCGUGUCCAAGUCUCAUUCGUCUUCUGGUCUGUGUGACGUGACAAAGCAAGUCCUCCACGUUACGCCGCGUUCAUGUACAGAGAGAAGAGAGGAAAA